AUGAACAAGUCCCCCAAGGUGUUGUCUGGUAUCAACCUGACCCAGGUUCGUUACAGACGUACCAUUGCAUACCCCUCUUACCGCACAAAUGUGUUUGGACGUAAGCACACCAAGCUUCACAAAUCUAACCUGAAGCUGGCAAUGGACCAGUUCUUGGGCCCAAAGAACUACAAAGGCGAGUACUACUUGAACAAGUACUAUUAUGUGCCACAAAAUCAUCAACCAAACUAUGUCAAGCCCGAUUUGGAACGCGGACAAUCCGUAAAAGUUACCGCUGACUCCAAUGAUGACAAGGAAGCAAAGGACUCUUCCAACUUCCAAUACAAGCUCAAAGUGAGCCGCCAGAGGUCAUUACAACCAUUCCCAUUCAACCCCUUUUGCAAGACCAAUUUUCAAAUUUCUAAAGAUUUGAAGCAGAAGAUUGCUCGGGACAUCCUGGAGGUGGGCCUGAGUACACAGGAAGUUGCUUCCAAAUACAAGCUGAAAAUUCCAAGGAUAGAGGCUAUCGUCAAGUUGUAUAGCAUAGAACAAGAAUGGAAGCAAAACGUAAAUUUGGCCAAGAUGAGCGAGACAAUGUACAAGAUGUUCCCACUGUUUGAACCUCAUUUGAAUGGAGAGAAUCUUACAGAGAUUCCUAUUCCAACGAAAACCAAGAACUCCAGAUUUCUUACCAUUGCUGAGAGUGAACCAUUUGGACCAGUUGAGGCAGCCAAAGUGUUUGGAUUAGAACCUGCUGCCGAAACCUUAGCCAAACUAUCUGAGCAGGGAGAGCAUGCUGCUCACCAUAUGCAGGCCAAAUCCACCAGUAAGAAGAACGGGUUUUUGGCCCCGGUUUUGCAAGGAGAGAAGUCUCUUUUCAAGUUUGUGGAGGCCAAGGCUGGCACGGUCGGAUACAGAUACGGAACAUGUCUCAGAGAUAAUAAGAAGGAUCGUAAGAUCGGAUACGAUGCAAGCGGAAAGAUGGUGUAUCUCUUGUAG